UGGAAGCUGGUCGGUACAAUCCACUACUCGGAAAUAAUGGCGUCGUUAGCGUCGUCCGAGAGCAUGAAAACUUCCGAGGAAUCGGAUAAGCCAGUAUGCACGUUUAUUAAGAGACAAGGUUUAAAAAAAGGUAACCAGAGAAAGAGGAGAGGAAGCAGCGAAGAAGCCAGCAGUGAAGAUGAAACGAAAGUUGUCAAGAAGGAGAGGAAAUUGGACCACCUAAACCCAAUGAAACAAGGGACGUUUACAAAGAAGACUACGACAUAUACAGCUGACAGCGACAGUGACGAUGAAACCACCAAGGUUGGGGUGUCCUACAAGUCUCGGCGAACCACCGAGAUGGAAGGACCCAAGGACAUGGGUGCCACAGCUGUCCUUGAAAUUGACACGGAGAAGAGCAAGGAUGCUCAAAGCAUAUUUGAAAAAGCACAGCAAAUUAACAAGGAACUGAAAGGGAAGGCGGAUGACAAGGUUUAUCGGGGAAUGAACAAUUAUGCACAGUACAUAACAAAAAAGGACACGGCACAAGGGAAUGCAUCCAGUGGAAUGGUUAGGAAAGGUCCCAUAAGAGCUCCCGAGCACAUUCGUUCUACUGUCCGAUGGGAUUACCAGCCCGACAUCUGCAAGGACUACAAAGAAACUGGGUUCUGUGGAUUUGGAGACAGCUGCAAGUUUAUGCACGACCGAUCAGACUACAAGCAUGGCUGGCAGCUGGAACUGGAAAUGGAGAGAAAUCAAUAUCGCGAAGAGGACACCAGCCGCUAUGAAAUCAGCUCUGAUGAGGAGGACUUGCCUUUCAGAUGUCUCCUAUGCAGAAAAUCAUUUGUGGACCCUGUUGUUACAAAGUGCAAGCACUACUUUUGUGAAAAGUGUGCCCUGAAACACUACAAAAAAACAACAAGGUGCUAUGUUUGCAGUCAACAGACCAAUGGUGUUUUUAAUCCUGCAAAAGAAAUAAUACAGAGGCUGAAGAAAGCUAAAGAGGAAGGUGGACAAGAAAGUGAGGAGGAAGAGGAACAGCAAAAGGACGACCCACCACCCGCAAAUGAUGACGACGACGACAGUGAUGACUGAGCGACUGCUGCUCAGGUACACUAGCAGAAGAGGUUGGCUAUGUGCAGAAGAACGUCCGGAUACUGGAGCUUUGUUGGCUGGAUGCCAUGGCCAGACCAGGCAUGGUUAUGGUACUGCGCAUGCAAUUUUGUAAGGCUGUUGCACAGCCUGGAUGUGUAUACUUUCACUUUCCAUCACUACGUUGUUGUCCAUGAUGCUUGUAUAUUAUAAAUACAUCACUCUACUGGCAA